CCUUUGAACAUGUCUCUCAUAAAUUCCAACCUAAACCUUAUAUAUAUAAAUAUACAACCUAACAUAAAUACACACAAACCCUCAAUUUUUAUAAACAUGACAAAGCCUUCAAACUUUCUCCAUAAACCUUCUCCCAUAAUUGAACAAAGACAAGAGAACAAAAACAUGAUGUGUUUAGAUAAGCAACUACAAAGACAAUUAUCCAAUAAUAUUUCCAAUGAAGAUUACCAUGGAAACAAAUUUGCUUCUAUCCCUUUUGUGUGGGAAUCUCAACCAGGUACACCUAAACAUAGAUCAAAUGCUCAUUCUCUUCCUCCUCUUACUCCACCACCAUCUUAUUUCCAAAAUGCUAGCAAGAAACCAACUAAGCCCAAAAAGAACUUUUUCUUGCAAACAUUCUUCCCCAAACGUGCUUCAAAAAAAAGUUGUGAUCUUGAUCCGUCCCCGACUUCAUCGAAUUUUGUUUCUUAUUCUUCAUCGUCUUCAUCGUCGUCUUUAUCAUUGUCCUCGCCUCGUCCAACAUCAUAUUCGGUGCCGUGUUCUCCGAUGAUACACUCGAGGAAAGGGGAAGAAGAUGAAGAUUUAUAUGAUGUUUCUAGAUCUGAUGUUUGUUUUGGUAAUGUAAGAUCACAAGGACGUUAUUCUUCCAUGUUCAAGAAGGGGUGACAAAACGGAUCGUGGUCCGUCGAGUCGGUCCGCGCACCCGCAGAAAAUUGACGGAUUGGGUUAUGAUUUUAGACGUGCCGCCCACUAAAGUUCGUCUGUCAAAAUCUGCCGCACACCAAAGCCCGCCGCGCCUAUUCGUUUAACAUGUCCCACCUUAAGUCCACCCUUUUUUAGUUAAUUAUAGUAAUUUUAAUUGUUGAUAGUUUCCUUUAUAUAUUUAUUUGUGAAUAUAUGCAAUAUUUUUUAAGUAAAAUUUAUUAAAAAGAUGUUUUAUAAAAAAUUGUCAAAGAAAUAAAUGAAAAAUUUAAUUGAAAGCUAAAAGAAAUUAUUAAUCUAUUAAACAAAUAAAAAAAAUUAAAAAAAUAAGCGGGCAAGUCCGCCGCCCGCCAUUUUAACGAAACAGAUAAGAUUUUUAUACCCAUUUUCACUUGGCGAGCUUAACCGCUUCACUUAGUUUCAUGCGUACUAUUCAUUCUAGUUUCCUUUCUUGCUAGCCAAUUAUCCGUGCUUCGCACGUGUUUAUUAUAAAAUACUAUUUUUUUUAAAAUUAUUUUUAAAAUAUAGAAUGAAAAAUAAUUUAAAUUUAUUAAAUAAAUAUAAUAUAGAAUUUAUUAUUAUAAUUGAAAUUAUAGUACAUAAAAAAUUGAAAGUUAUGGCAAAUUCACUUAGUAAAAAAUUGUUU